AUGGGUGGCGGCCACGAUCACAAGAGCAGGGGUGCCUACCCUGUCUUCGCCGACAAACCCGUCGGCGUCGCCAAGACGAGCAUUCUUCAGGGUCGCAUCGAUCCCUUCUACAAACCUGGCCAAUAUGAAAAGGUCAAUCUCUUGGCUAACAUGUACAAUGCCCGAUACUCCGGCGAGCCCACUGUCAAGCUCGCCGUUUGGGCCGCUCCUGGACAGGAUCGUCCCUCAUUCCAGGAAGCUGUUUCCCACGAGUUUGAAAAGGCUCAUAUUGGCGAUGCCUUUGGACCCUCGUGGACUACGCACUGGUUCCACGUCACCAUCACCAUCCCCAAAGCGCUCGCCGACGAAGAAUUUGUCAUUCUUGAGUGGGAUGCCAACAAUGAGGGCAUGAUAUGGACCGACGACGGGAUGCCCCUCCAAGGUCUCACUGGAAACGGUGACCGGAUUGAGUGGGUUAUCCCCGACGACUUCCGUGACGGCAAGGAGCAUGUCAUUUACAUUGAGAUGGCCUGCAAUGGCAUGUUCGGCAAUGCCCCCGACGGCACCACCGACAACACGCCCCCCGACCCCAACAGGUACUUUACCAUCUCCAAGGCAAACAUUGCCGCCGUCAAUUACCAGGCCCGUAUGCUUCUCUUUGAUAUCUGGCAGAUUGGCGAUGCCGCCCGCGAGCUUCCCGAGGACUCGGCUGAGCAGAACAAGGCACUGGCUGUCGCCAUGAAGAUUAUUGAUACUUUCCAGGUCGACAACCAAGACUCCAUUCUCAAGUGCCGCAAGAUUGCCCAGGAAGUCAUUGGCCCCGACGUCGACUCGCAUCGCGUCUACGAGGUCGGCAAGAACCCCACCGUCUUCGGCAUUGGCCACUGCCACAUUGACAGCUGCUGGCUCUGGCCCUUUGACGAAACCAAGCGCAAGGUUGCCCGCUCCUGGUCCAGCCAGUGCGACCUCAUGGAACGAUACCCCGAAGCACAUUUUGCCUGCUCCCAGGCCCAGCAGUACAAGUGGCUCAAGACGCUUUACCCUCGUGCCUUUGACCGUGUCAAGGCCAAGGUUAAGGAGGGCCAGUUUCAUCCCAUUGGUGGUAGCUGGGUUGAGCACGACACCAACAUGCCUAGCGGCGAGUCCCUUGUCCGCCAAUUCUUUUACGGACAGCGCUUCUUCGAAUCCGAGUUUGGUUCCCGCAGCCGCACCUUUUGGCUGCCCGACACCUUUGGCUACUCUAGCCAGCUGCCCCAGCUUUGCCGACUCGCCGGCAUGGAUCGCUUCAUGACCCAGAAGCUGAGUUGGAACAACAUCAAUAACUUCCCUCAUACCACCUUCAUGUGGGUCAGCCCGGACGGCAGCCAGGUCAUCUGCCACAUGCCCCCCUCCGAGACGUACACCUCAGAAGCCAACUUGAGUGACAUUCGCAAGAGCAUCUCCAAGCACAAGACGAUGCGCACCGACAGCUCCUCGCUCCUCGUCUUUGGUAAGGGUGACGGUGGUGGUGGUCCCACCUGGCAACAUCUGGAGAAGCUUCGCCGCUGCGCCGGCAUCAGCAACACCAUUGGUGGUAUUCCCAAGCUCAAGCUUGGCCUCUCGGUCGAUGACUUCUUUGACCGUCUGACGGCCAAGGCCGACGCUUUCCCGACCUGGUACGGCGAGUUGUACUUUGAGCUCCACCGCGGCACCUACACCACCCAGGCCAAUAACAAGUACUAUAACCGCAAGGCUGAGGUCAUGCUCCGCGACAUUGAGCAGCUUGCCACCAUUGCCUCCAUCAAGAACAAGUCUUACAAGUAUCCUACCGAGGACAUCGAUAACAUGUGGGAGACUGUCCUGCUCUGCCAGUUCCACGACUGCCUUCCUGGCAGCUCCAUAGAGAUGUGUUACGACGACACCGACAAGCUCUACGCCGACGUCUUCAAGACUGGCCACGCCCUCCUCAAGGAGGUUUACCAAAGCCUGAAUGCAUCGGACCUCCGCGCCUCUUCUGUCCAAGAAUCCGUCGUUCUCAAUACUCUGCCCUGGCAUCGUAAGGAAAUUGUCGAGAUUUCUGAGACCGAGGUUGGCGUCGCAUGCGGAGACGGACAGCUACUUCCCGUUCGAUCUUUCAAGGUACAGAGCACUGAGUCUGCCGUUACCGUGCGCCAAGUCACCAAGGAUCAAUUUGUACUCCAGAAUGACCAUUUUCGGGUUGAAGUUGAGGGCGGCUGCAUCACAUCUCUCCAUGAUCGUCUCAACGACCGCGAGAUUGUCGAAAAGGGCACCAAAGCAAACAAGUUUGUCAUUUUUGACGAUAUCCCCAUCUACUGGGAGGCCUGGGAUGUCGAGGUGUACCACCUCAACACCAAGAAGAACGUGCAGUACGGCGAGACUCGUAUCCACGAGGCCAAACCUCACCGCGUGACGCUGGUGACAGACAUUCAGAUUAGCAAGCAAAGCUCCAUGAAAGCCUACAUCAGCCUCUCUGCCGCUCUCAAGGGCCAGUCUUCAUGGGUCGAGUGCUCCGCCGAAGUUGACUGGCACGAAAACUCCAAAUUUCUCAAGGUGGAGUUCCCCGUCAACAUUGUCAACACUGAAGCCUCGUACGAGACCGCCUACAGCAUCACCAAGCGUCCCACUCACUACAAUACCAGCUGGGACAUGGCCAAGUUUGAGGUGUGCUGUCACAAGUUUGCCGACUUGUCAGAGCACAACUAUGGUGUUUCGAUCCUCAACGACAGCAAGUACGGCUUUGCUACGGCUGGCAAAGUCAUGCGUUUGUCCCUCCUCCGCUCGCCCAAGUCGCCCGAUGAGCACGCAGACAUGGGCAAGCACAAUAUUCGCUGGGCCAUCCUCCCUCACAAGGGCACCCUUUCCUCGGCAACUGUUCGAGCCGGCUAUGCUUUUAACUCGCCCCUCAAGAUUCUCUCGGCGCCCAAGACCACCAUUGAGAAUCUCGGCAGCGCCCCGAUCAGACUGGUUAAUGUCGAUGAGUCUGCGUCGCUGAUUUUGGAUACCAUCAAGCGCGGCCACGAUGACGAGGAUGUGAGCCGUCGUGAGGGUCUUUGCGUCAAUCCUGGAAAGAGCAUCAUUGUCAGAGUGUACGAGUCACUAGGUGGCCACAGCCGAGGCACGAUUGAAACGAGUUUUGAUGUCAAGCGCGUGUCCAAGUGCAACAUUCUCGAGGACGAAGGCGAGGACGUGCCGUUUAGCGGGGGCAAGUUUGCGAUCAAGCUGCGGCCAUUUGAGGUAGCCACCUUUAAGCUUCAGCUGUAG